AUGGACAAGAAGAGCUCUGCCUUCACUAUCGACCGCAUUCUGAGCACAGACGACAACAAGAUCCUGGGCUUGGAGAAGCCCUCGGCCCCGGGGCCCUGCGAGGAGAAAUCGGCCCCUGAAUCGAUGAAUCAGACGGACCUCAGAUCGACCUGCUGCUUCUGUUCACACUGCGGAGAGAUUCUGCACACGGCUGCCAGUAAGAGAGCUUUCACUCCUUCAGGUAAGCAGAUGUUUGCAGAGCCGUACUCCGCCGCAGAAGCUCACGGCAGGGAAAGCUUCAGUCAUGUUCAGAGGAGGGUUCGGCGUCACCGCACCAUCUUCACAGAAGAGCAGCUGGACGCUCUGGAGGAUCUGUUCAGAAAGAACCAGUAUCCAGACAUCCACACCCGCGAGCAGCUGGCCCAGAGAACACACCUGCGCGAGGAGAGAGUCGAGAUGGUCUUCAGAGAACCGAAGGGCCAAAAUGCCAGAGACAGAAGCGGCUUCCCGUUCAUUCGAUACGAGGGGACCAGGGAUGACUGGAAAACAGGUCCUUCAUAG